AUGGAGCGACCGUGGAUUCAUAGGACACUUGUCAGUGCAGCAAAAUUUGCGAUCUUUAGUGCCACCACAACCACCAUAAUAGUCAUGGUCACCCCUCCCUUCCUUGGAUUCACGGCCUCAGGAGUUGCGGCAGGCUCACUCGCAGCGGCAAUACAAAGCGUGUUUUACGGUGCAGCUGUUCCCGCCGGAAGCCUGUUCUCCAUAAUGCAAUCUAUAGGAGCAACAGGAGUCUUCCUUCCUGCUAUCGCGGCCGGACUGAGUGCCGGCACACUCUGUGCAGUGACUCGCAUCGUUGUUGGCGCCGUCGCUCGCGUCUACCAAUUUUUGGACGGUCGUAUGCGGGAAAGGCUCUUGGAGCUUCUCCGAGCACUGGUGGCUAUGGGGGCGCUGACAGCUCUUGAUUUACAGCGCAUCGUCGGCCAAGGUCGCCAAGGUAUUGCGGGAUAA